AUGGGGACAGCGCGCUCGGCCACUGUCGACUUCUACACACCUGUUACACGCAUCGCGGUGAAGGCCCUCCGCACCCGCCGUCCAGGUACCGACCUUGAACUAGCGUCGGAGGACAUAAUCUCUGCCAUCGCGCAAGAGAAUGCCUGGGUCGCUGGGCAGCUGCUGCAGCACAACCAGUCACCCCGACCCUUCUGGAUGGACGCAACGGGCGGUUCUGGCACAUUCGUCUUCGCUGCCUACGACAAUCGUGACGGCACAGUCAGCGAGGGCUGGUGCAAGAAGCGCCUCCGAGUCUUCGGCGUUGAGCACAGCAUCCAGCGCCAUGACACCACACCGCGGGUCCCACUCUGCGACCGGUGCUGGCACUGGGAGCACACCGGGGGGUCCUGCAGGGCCGCGAAGCUUUUCUGCUCGAGGUGCUCACUGCCUCAUGUCGAUGUUGAUCACGCGAGGUUCUGUGUUCACCCGGACUGCCAGCAGGCGCGCCUCGACACUCUGGUGGUGCGCACCUCUUGCUCUCACGUGUACUGUGCCAGCUGUGAUAGCGUCGACCAUGCCCCGUCGUCUCGGGAGUGCCCUUACAGCCGCCGUGCUGGCGAUCGGGACGCGAAGAAAUGGUUCUCUCGGCACCCCGCGGCGUUCUCCGCGCAGGACAUGCGUCAGCGCGGGAAGAUGUAUGACGGCGAAGUGGCUGUCGAGACCGAGAAACAGCAUCGACAGGCCCAGGCUGGUGUGCCAGAGCCUGACGACGAUAUGUCUUCCUAA